AUGAAAGAUGAUAAAGAGAUGAAUGUGCAAAUCAACGAAUAUCAAAAAUUGCUAGAAGACUUGAAGGCCGAGGGGAUGUCUUUACCAGAAAAGUUUGCUGCUGGAGUGCUAAUUGAGAAGCUGCAUGACUCAUGGAGUGACUACAAAAACAACUUAAAGCACAAACAGAAAAAUUUCACCAUUGAGGAAAUUGUUACUCACAUCCUAAUUGUAGAUUCCAACAGAAAAAUAUCUGCCAAAGCUAGGAUGACAGCUCUUAAAGCAAACUUAGUGCAAAGCAACAACAACAACCGCAAAAAGUACGAGAAUAAGUGUCAAGGUUACAAGCCUAAAAAUCCUAACCUUAAAAGAAAAAAAGGCUCUUGUUUUGUUUGUGGAAUACCAGACCAUCAUGCCUCACAGUGCAGGCACAGAGCAGAAAAUGACAAAAGAAAAACUAAUACUCCUAAGGCUAACUUAGCUGAAGGAGGUGAUAUUAUUGCACCUGUCAUUUCUCAAAUAAACAUUGUAGCACAUGCAAAAGAAUGGGUGGUAGACUCUGAGGCUACUCGGCACAUUUGUGCAAAUCGAGAAGCAUUUUCUUCUUAUACUCCUGUAGAGGAUGAUAGAGAAGAGGUCUACCUUGGAGACUCAAGUACUACCAAAGUCUUGGGUAAGGGUAAAGUUCUCCUAAAACUCACUUCGGAAAAAACUUUAGCCCUUGUUGAUGUACUGCAUGUUCCUACUAUGAGGGCAAACUUGACCUCUGUAUUCUUAUUGGGAAGAGCCUAA